AUGUGCUUCACUACUUUGCCAUUGGCUGGCCAGUUUGUUUCCUCCCGCUCGUCGACGUCGCCGCCCAUGCCACUCGCCGCCGCAGAUUCGCACCACGGCGGCGGCAUCAGCAGCAGCAGCAGCAACGCGAAUAACGCCGGCGCACCCUCCGAGGACGAUCCAAAGACGACAGCAGCUGCUGCUGCGACGGCGGCGGCGGCUUCCAGCAGGCCGCCGGCGUCGUCUCCAGUCGCCGCUGCUGCUCCCGCCGGCGCGAUAGCUUCAACGGCCGCGCUUCGAAACAGCGCCGCCCACGACAAUGCGGCCGCCUCUGCGCCCUCGUCGUCCGCCAAACCCGCCGCGCCGCCAUCCAUCAACUCGUCCACCUCCAACACCUCCACAUCGCGCACCUCCGCUCUCUUGUCGCGCCUUAACCUGCCCUCCUUUACCAUACGCUCUCGCAAUCGCAACGUCGUCGACUUUCACAUUCGCCCCGACGAGCCGCACAGGACGUACAGCGCUGGCGACGCCGUUCGCGGCCACGUCAACAUUGCCGUCGUCAAGCCGAUCCGCAUCACGCAUCUCGUCGUCGCCCUCCACGGCUAUAUUCACGUUUUCAAGGAUGCCUCCGCCAAGGCCAAGGCUAGUGGCUCCCCCGUACCGCCGCGCGGAGGCAUCUCCGAACUGCCCCAGUACCACGGCAAUGGCCUCGCCAGCCUCUUCCAGGACGAGCAAGUUCUCGCUGGCGAGGGUCGGCUCGAAGCCGGGCGCUAUGAAUUUGGCUUUGAGCUCAUCUUCCCCGACAUUGGCCUCCCAAGCAGCAUUGACUUUGAACGCGGUACUGUAUCAUACAUGAUUACAGCGACACUGACGAGACCGACUGCCAUUGCUCCCACCAUGUCAUGCGACAAGCGUGUUCUACUUCUCGAAAAGAUUGACAUUGGUCACUUACCACCCCCGCGAUCGCGGACGAUAUUCCUCGAGCCCAUUUCGAAGCGUACACGGCGGAAACGUUCCACCAUACUCGAUAAGCCGCCGGUUAUCGUCCCAGAGCCGCCAUCGACCGGCGCACCUAAUGAUCACACCUCCGAAGCAGGUUCAGUAGAACAAAGCGCCACCCCUGACUCUGCGCGCGACAGCACGCACCCGGAAAGCAGUCGCGGACCGCCUACGCAGAUUGACGUGCGGAGUGAAAUUAGCGGCGAAAGCGCUCGUAGUAUCAGCACUGCCGUGAGUCGCAGCGACGUCACGCCACUCUCGCACGCAUCUACGUUCAAGUCGCCUUCGAAGCAAAAGCUUGUCGACAACAAAACCAUUACCGCAACAAUUGAACUGGUCAAGGGUGGCUGUCUGGCUGGCGACAUGGUUUCCGUUCGCGUAUCCGUGCAACACAUUAAGCGUUUGAAAAGUUUGACGGGCGUCAUUGUGACAUUGUUUCGCCAGAGCAAAAUCGACUCUGCGCCAGCUGCGUCGCUGUUUUCCGGAAACGACCUUGAAGCUAUUGGCGAUGACGGAUACCCCAGGUCAAGAACAGGACUGGCUGGCUUGUCGCUGUCAUCAACAGGUUCGACGAGCAUGUUUCGCAAAGACUUGGACCAGAAUACGGCGCCGCUGAUCAUCGACCCUUCAUCGCUGCAUGCGUCGGUGACAUGCUCACUGAAGCUUCCAGAUGACGCAUUUCCCACGAUACGAGGCGUUCCUGGCGCCAUGGUCAGCUUCCGCUAUCACAUCGAAGUCAUUGUCGACUUGGGUGGCAGGCUCUCGGGCCAGAUGCUUCAAGGCGGGCAACAGGCUACGACUCGCCUGGGCCAGUACAUGACGUCUGGCGUCGACAAUGCCUAUGGCCCACGAGUAGCAACCAAUAUUAUCGAUACGACUCCGCUCCGGCGCCAAAAAGGCGUCGUUUCGGUGUCUAUGGAAACAGUCGUGGGCACAGUCGACAGCUCUCGGCGGCGGAAGCCUCUCCGAAUAUCACCCCGUCAUCCACCACCACGCGUGCCGGAAAGUGACGAGGAUGAAAUAAUCCGUGCCGAAUUGAAUGAGCGCCCAGCGCUUGCCGGAUCUCCCGCCAUAUAUACCACAACUCCAAGUGACCGCAACUAUGCCUCGCAGCCGCCAUUCUUGCAGCCCCCUCGCCCUCGCGCGGGCCCCUCAGGACCGUCCCAGCCCGAUUAUCACACGCAUAGUCACGCCAAUGGCUACUCGCGCGAGGCUGCCCCAGCCUACAUCCCGCAGCCACAAAUGCCUGAUUCCCGCAACAUGUCGGAAAAGGAGCGCAUACGGCAGGCGGAAACGCGCCUUCUGCCGAGCCAGCCUUCUGCUGCUGGUCCAUCCUCGUCAGCCUCGGCGCCAGACGACGACAAUAUUUACGAUGCACAGGAGCCGCUCCGUCUCCCCCCUACUGCUGGGCCCUCAGCGCCCACGGAAGACGAGGCGGCUGCAGGACCAUCUGCCCCGAGCGAGGAUGACCUACACGGCUCGGCUGCCUUUCCAGCCGAGGACAAGCAAGAGCUCGAGCGCCAGCGCCUGAUCAACGAGGCGAGCGCGCCGCCGGAAUUCCCGGAAGACAUGGAGCGGUCCGGCGACCCGGGCCCUGCGACCGAGACGGAUGCCGAGCCGAGCGCACCGGUGUUCAACGAGGACGAAGAGGAGCUGACCGGGUAUGGCGUCGGUGCCGGGCCGUCGUCUUCUGCUGAUCCGUCGCGAAGCGCUCAAAGGCCAACCGGCGAGCAACUCCCUGCGUACCAGCGGUGA